UAAAGAAGAACGUUUUCUCACUGGGCGUGAAUGUCAGUGUCGAAUGUUGUUCGAAACGUCAUUAUUUUGCUGAGAUCUAUACGCGUCGACAUGUGUAUGAAUAUUUCUUGUGAACCUCGCAGAGAAGAAGCGUUUCCAAAAUGGCGUCCAUGAUACAGAAGAUACCUCUGAUGGUGCUUCUCCUGACCGGCUUCAUUUGGCUUUCUGAAGGCGAGGCCUGCACGAAAUGCACGAAAUGUUGUCCCCAGUAUUGGAUGAGGGUCGGUGAAUAUUGCUACCAAUACUUCGGCAAUAAAAUGAAAUUUCAUGAUGCUGAAAACAUUUGUAAUCGAUUCGGAGGAAACCUGCCAAGCAUCCGAAACGAGGAGGAAAGUAACACCAUCUACCAGCUAUGGAAAGGAUUCGUUGAUGAUUCCACUAUAGUUUUCUCCGCAUACUGGAUCGGUCUCCGUGAUACCAUCCAGGUAAACAAGUAUGAAUGGACAGAUGGCACCCCUGUACACUACUAUAACUGGUAUCCUGCAGAGCCCAACAGCUCUGACGAAGACUGUGUUGAAGUCGUAAAUGCUGGCUACAAUGAUGACGAACGACAGCAAUGGAAUGAUGCCCUAUGCGAUCAAGUUCGAAGCUUCUUCUGCCGCAAGCCCCUCAACUGAACGUCAGAGAUCCAACGUCGAUUAUAAUGAAGGGGGGGGGGGGGGGGGGUAGAAGGGCAAACUUUUGUUUUAGGUUCCUUUGUAAUCUUAUCUGCUAUUUCAGGCGAAAGCUAGUCAGUUUAAGGUAAAAUUGUUGACGGGAACUAUAUGAAUUUUGAAUUAUUUUGAUCGUCAGCUCUACAUUAGACCUAUGGUCUCUAUAAAAUAAAAAAAAAAUGCUGCAUUUGAUCUCUACACGUGCUACACGCGCCUGACUCGAAAUACUUUCAUUUAUCCAUAAUUUCCAUCUGAUCACAACUUUUAGUUUUUGUUCUCUAAAAAAAGAUACCCUACAGAAAGAAACAUAGAACAUUUUUGGAUAAUUUCGGCUAACGCGCCCCGCCGCAAAAUCCGACGUUUCAGUAAAACCUUUCAUUUUUUAUUUGAAGCACUUCUCUACUUUAUCAAAUUAAAGUUGCCCUUUUUGAGGUUUACAUCGAAACACUCGAUUUCAGUUCUGAUUAGCAUUUGAAAGCAAAACAUAUUUCAGGCUUUCAGCUGGCUUUCAGCUGGCCAUUAACCAGACAAGUUGAAUUUAGUAUAUAACCUAACUUAAAAUUAUCAUCAUACAUUAGUGCUUUAUUCAUUGUUUUUAUCUGCUUAUUGUACCGUAUUGAUAAAGCCUAUACCAGGGACUUUAGCAAAAUCAAAUCAAAUAUUUAGAAGACUAACAAUGAUAUCAUCAUAUGCA